AUGGCUCGCACAAAGCAGACGGCCCGCAAAUCCACGGGCGGCAAGGCCCCGCGCAAGCAGCUGGCCACCAAGGCGGCCCGCAAGAGCGCGCCGGCCACGGGCGGCGUGAAGAAGCCGCACCGCUACCGGCCCGGCACCGUGGCGCUGCGCGAGAUCCGCCGCUACCAGAAGUCCACCGAGCUGCUGAUCCGCAAGCUGCCGUUCCAGCGGCUGGUGCGCGAGAUCGCGCAGGACUUCAAGACGGACCUGCGCUUCCAGAGCUCGGCCGUGAUGGCGCUGCAGGAGGCGAGCGAGGCCUACCUGGUGGGGCUGUUCGAGGACACCAACCUGUGCGCCAUCCACGCCAAGAGGGUCACCAUCAUGCCCAAGGACAUCCAGCUGGCGCGCCGCAUCCGCGGGGAGAGGGCUUAA